AUGAACGAUUCCGAACAAAUGGAUCGAGAAGAUAACGGAACCACGAGCAGGGAAGAGCAAGAAGAAGCAUUAGUCGCUUUAAUCGAACACCGAACUAACGAAGUUGCCAAUCUCCAAAAGCGUGUCUCCUAUUACAAAACUCAGCUUGAUGAAGCGGAAAAGAAGUUGAAGGAUUCAGAAACCAAAUUGGCUCGAUUACGAGGUCAAACUAAUUCAGUUAAAUCUGCAACUAGAAAUGUAACUAACUUAGAUAAUGACGAUGGAGUUGUUGCUGUGAAGAAAGAGCCUAGAUCGAAUAGUCCUGUUGAUAGGAAUGAACGUUCUUAUAAAAGUAAUAAUAACAGUCAAUCUAAAACCGAACUUGUUAUUCCUACCGUUACUCCGAAGAUUUCGCGGUCUUCGAAAGGUUCCGGUUCUGAAUCUACUCCACCACAGGUUCAUACUCCUGUUACUGGAGGAAAAUCUGAUAAGUCUCGUAAGGAGCAGCAGAGUGUUGAAGUCAAGGAAAAAGGAACAAAAAGGAAACUUGAUGUGAAAGAACAUAAGGAAUUGAUUCCUUUAAUACGUAAGAGUGUUUCUCUGAAAUUAAUACACUGUGAAACAAGCAACCAUAUCUCAAGUAAGCACAAGAGGAAAUUGCGGAGUAUUGCUUUGUGUCCUGUGAAUGAUCAACUUUUUGCGACCAGUGCCUUGGAUGGAAUGGUCAACUUCUGGCAAGUACAAGCUAGAGGAUCAGGAGCCUCUUUACUUAACUCUUCUGAUUGUGCAUCCCAAAAACAGAGGAGAUGGCCAGAAGAUAUAGCUUGGCACCCUGAAGGAAACAGGCUCUUUUCAGUAUAUACUGCUGACAGUGGAGACUCACAAGUAUCAGUUACAAAUCUGAAUAGAGUACAAGGGGAACGACGUGUGAACUUCUUAGAGGACAAGCCCCAUUUGAAGGGAAUUAUCAAUGGCAUUGUUUUUAUGCCCUGGGAAGAUACAUGUUUUGUAACUGGUGGAAGUGACCAUGCUGUUGUACUAUGGCGUGAGCAGGAUGAUGAGGACAAAUGGAAACCAAGGCCAUUGCACAGGAACCUUCAUUCUUCUGCUGUCAUGGGUGUUGCUGGUUUGCAGCAGAAGCAGAUUGUGUUAUCCGCAGGUGCAGACAAGAGAAUAAUUGGGUUUGAUGUCGGUGUAGGAAGAGCUGAUUUCACUCAUCAGAUUGAUAGUAAAUGCAUGAGCGUCGUUCCCAAUCCAUGUGACUUCAACUUGUUUAUGGUUCAAACAGGGACUCACGAGAAGCAGCUUCGACUAUUUGAUAUUAGAUUGAGGCGGACAGAACUUCAUGCUUUUGGGUGGAAGCAAGAAAGCAGUGAAUCCCAAUCAGCUCUGAUAAAUCAGGCCUGGUCUCCUGAUGGUUUUUAUAUAACAUCUGGAUCAGCAGAUCCUGUAAUUCAUAUAUUUGAUAUAAGAUAUCAUCUUAACAGGCCUUCCCAAUCUAUAAGAGCUCACCAGAAACGAGUCUUCGGAGCCAUGUGGCUUCAGUCUAUUCCUCUUCUCAUAUCCAUAUCAUCUGAUCUCAACAUUGGGUUGCACAAGAUUUACUAG